AUGAAACAGGCCGCGUCUGCAGCAGCGCGAGGACAGCGACAUCUUGUGGGGCAGGACCUGUGGGUUGUUUUUUUUAAGCCUGAGCCUGAGGGCGCUCACUCUUUUGCCACUCCUGCGGGAAGCAGCAGUCUCUUUGGGUCCGUGGAGUUGUGCUGGUGGGGAGCCUCACACAGUGGUUGGUGGCCCUGUUGGCACACGUUACUUGUGGUUGGUGCUAAAUUACGCACAACGGAGGUUGAGAGCGCGCCUCCGUUCGGGGUCUGGGGGACCGGUGCUUUCUCUGAAUGCUUCCCUGCACUUCAGCGGGACCGAGCUGCACCUCCCGCGGCAGUUUGGAGACUGCCAAUCAUCACAAGUACGCAAAUUCUGAGCCCCGUUUCCACCGGCGCAGCUCCUCCUGCCUCCACUGCUCUGGAUUGA